AUGGAGGAGCUCCGUGAGCGCCAGGCCCGCAUGGUGGAGGAGCUCAGGACGCUGCGGGCGGACCUCGAGGCCGAGGCGGGGAAGGGGGCCCGCAUGCGCGCGGGCAUCCAGGCCAAGGCCCACGAGCUCGCGCGCGACGGGCAGCAGCUUGCACGGCUGAGGGCCAAGCACCGCUCGCUGAUGGACGAGGGCGAGGCCAACGUCGAGUGGGAGCGGAGCCUCUCGGCCGCCACCGCGGCCGCGGAGGAGGCGCUCGCGGCGCGGGGCGAGCUGAGGGCGCAGGGCGUCGUGAAGGCGAGGCAGCUGCACAACGAGUACCUCACGCUGAAGGGCAACAUCCGCGUCUUCUGCCGCGUGCGGCCUCCGCUGCCGAGCGAGGGGGAGGCGCUGGCGAGGCUGGACGUGCGGGAGGACGCGGGGCUGACCGUGCACGGGGAGUCCCAGAAGAGCUGCACGGGGCUGUCGGAGCACUCGGCCGCGUACGACUUCGCCUUCGACCACGUGUUCGGGCCCGAGGCGUCGCAGGCCGACGUCUUCGAGGAGAUCGCCCUCCUGGUCCAGUCCGCGCUCGACGGCUACCGCGUGGCCGUGUUCGCCUACGGGCAGACGGGCGGCGGCAAGACGCACACGAUGGACGGCCCCCCGCCCGAGCAGCGCACGGCCGACACCGCGGGCGUCAUUCCCAGGACGGUGGACUUGAUCUUCUCCGAGGUGGAGGAGAUGCGGCAGAAGGGCUGGGACUUCGAGGUAUACGCCAGCUCCAUGGAGGUGUACAACGAGAACGUCCUUGAUAUGCUCGCGCCGCGCGGCAGCGCUCAUCUGCCAGGCGCGCCGGAGCAGGGCGCCGCCCACGCCGCCGCAGGGCCCGAGCAGUUCCAGGCCCGCCGGGUCGAGAGCGCGAGCGCGGUCCACGCGCUGCUGCGCCGCAGCGCGCGCGAGCGGCACACGGCGGCGACGGCAUGCAACGACCGCUCGAGCCGCUCCCACGCGAUCUUCCAGCUUUCCAUCGUCGGGCGCAACCAGUCUGGGUCAUGCCCGCAGGAGGCCCGCGGGCUGCUCUCCCUCGUGGACCUGGCCGGGUCCGAGCGUGUGGAGCGCUCCGGGGCCACCGGCGACCGGCUGCGGGAGGCUCAGCACAUCAACCGCUCCUUGUCGGCGCUGGGCGACGUGAUCGAGGCCCUGGCCCGACGCGGGCAGGCGGGCGGCAGAGGCGAAGGCUGCCACGUGCCCUACCGCAACUCGCGGCUGACAACGUUGCUGAAGGAUUCCCUCGGGGGCAACUCGAAGGCCCUCAUGUUCGUGAACGUGUCGCCGUGCGCGCGUCACCUCGGCGAGACCCUGUCGUCGCUGCGGUUUGCGGCCAAGGUGCACGGAUGCAACGUCGGGGUCGCGCGGCGGCAGGCCGCCGAGGGCCCGCGAGCCAUGUCCUUGCCUGGCAUCGGCGGCUCCGAGGCGUCACCAGCGCACCUGCGGCCACCCGCAGGGAGGGCGCUCGUGGCCAAGUCGGUCUCGACCGGUGCCCUCGUGACGGCCGCAGGCCUGCCCGCGAGCGUGAUCCUGAAGUCUUCCGCGGAGCAGGCUCGCCGGCACCUGGAGGUCCCCGAGGGGUCCGAGUGCGGUGUUGUCCGCGUCCUGGCCUCGUACCGCGGCUUCAUGCCCGGCGUCAAGUCCGAGACGGUCUUUGGCACCACCGCCGCGAGGGCGAACGCCCAUUCUGGCGAGCUGCGCGCGCCGCCGAGCGGCGAGCCGCGGCCGGCCCCUGCAGAGGCCUACGAGUGGACGGUUCCGCUGGACAGGGUUCAGGGCGUGCGCAGUCAGCAGGAUUGCGAGAUUUGGGCGUUCACACAGCAGGAGCAGCCGCAGCUGCCGGCCUGGAUGGGCGGCGAGCGGCGAGAGCACGGGCCCGCCGUGCCCGGCUACGGCGGGCAUUCCGCGCUGCGGCGGAGCCGGCGCCCCGGCCAGCAGCCCGCCGGCGCCAUGCCGGCCGGCGCCCGCCUGGAGCUCGAUUGCCGCAUGCCGACAGACCGAGACUGCCAGCCUUGGGACGUGCACAGGCCUGUCAUGCCCGGGUACGCGGGCUUCAUUCGCCGCCGACACGCGGGAUAA